AUGGACUUUCAGGAUGAGCAUUCAAUAAUUAAUUUAAAGUUUAUGAAAAUUACUGGAAUCUAUCAAUUAAUAAGACCAUCAGAUAGCUUAAAAUUAUUCAAUAUGAAUAUUUAUAAAAUGUCAUUCAUCGCGCAAAUACAAAUCCUUUCUAUUAUUACUAUAAUGAGUUUAUAUAGCAUUUAUUCUUGUAUAAAUGAUGUAAAUCAAAUAUUCAAUUAUAGUGUAAUGAUUUUCGCUACUAACUUUGCAAUUUAUAAGUAUUACUUUAUAAUCAAAAAUGCAAAAACCAUUUGGAAUUUUACGCAUAAUAUGAUGUCCACUAAUUUCUUAUGUUAUAAAGACCACACAAAAGAAAUAUAUAAAGUUGCUCGAACUAGGAGCUCAACUAUAACAUUGAUUUCUCUUGCUUUGUGGUCUUUUAUUGUAUUAUAUUGGAGCUUGUCGCCAAUUUUAAGCAAUAACAGUUAUUUAAAGGUAAAAUUCGAAAAUGGCGUACAAGGUUAUCGCUUAAAUGCUCUUGGGUUGGUAUAUCCGGUAACUGAUACAUUUUACAAUAAAUAUUUCCACGUAUUUUACAUAAUUGAAACAAUUGCGUUGAUAUGUUGGGCUCAAAUGAUGUGGGUUUUCGAUAUUCUAAUGAUUUCGGUGUGUAUAAGUAUUGAAUACCAACUUAAGACUAUUGCUGAAUCGUACAGUGGUCUAGGCCUCAAUCAUAGUGAAUUGACGAGUAACAAUAAAAGUACCAAAAGCGUUGAAGCUAUAUCAGAUUUAGAAGUGCUAGUUCAAGAUCAACAAAAUAUUUACGAAAAAAUGAAAAAUAUGUAUCAAAUACUUAAGCCAUUUACAUUUAUUCAAGUAGCAGCUGAGUCAUUUCAAAUUAUUUUACAGUCUUGUAUGAUUUUGAAGUUUUAUUUUGAUGGAUCAUUAACAUUAACUUUUUUUCUUAAGUUCUUAUUUCCGGAAAUAACAUAUUCAUGCCAUUUAUUCCUCACUUGCUACUUGUAUAGCAUUGUUAAUGAACAAAAGGAAUCUAUGAAUUUUGCUCUUUAUAAUAGUAAUUGGACGGACAUGAGUAUUAAGUUCAAAAAGUUACUAUUGCUUAUAAUGCGGAUGAAUAAUGCUGAGAAUUUGAAGAUGAAAAUAUCGAUGAAAAGAAUGGUUAAUAUGGAAAUGUUUGCGGAUGUUAUGCACACAGCAUAUCGUAUAAUAUCAGUGAUGAUGAACAGUUAUAGUACCUGA